GUUUAUUUACCUACAGACACAGAGAACUAACCUAAAAGUUUCUGUUAUGAUGAACAUUAAUGUGAUAAUGCGAAAGUUUUCAUUGUAAAACCAUGACACUCGUACUGUUCUGUUGAUACUUUCCGUCAACUUUACCUCUCUCUUAUUUUUUCAUUUAUCUAGCCAGCCUUCAGGUUAAAAAGCUGAAGGGAAAAUGUCUGGCUACUGGUCACCAGCAAUGCUUAAUCAAGCGAUGCAAACAGCAGGCAAUCCAUACACGCCUCAAGCAGACAUCAACUCAACUUUAGCAGCAUUCGGAAAUAACUUUGAUACUGCAAGAGCCUUACUUGCAGCCAGCAUACCUCCACCCUCUGGUGCCUUUAUAACUAAUAAUCCACCUCCCACAACUGUUGUGAAGACGACGAGCAAAAUUACACUGCCAGAUUCUUAUAUCCGUGGUAAAAGGUCCAAAAAGGACCAAAGUCCAGCUUCUUUGGAAAAAGCCUCUUUUGGAAGUGACUCAAGUACUGCUAGUCAGGGAGUGAAUACCUUGCCAUCAUUAAGCCAGGCAACUGGAAAUCAUAGAUACAACACUGAUACUAGUGGAGGGAGCACAGUUAAUUUACUCCCUACUAGUACGCAGCCUCAAAUACCUACAUUUGAUGUUUUAUCCAAGACAGAUUUUCAAGUUCCAGAAGAGACCACACCAGUUUUCAGCACUGAAAUAGGCAUGGGAAAGGAAUAUCCUGUUGCCAAAGAGCAGCCUACUCAAAGUAUCCUCUUAGAACCAACAAACACUCGUAACAAGCUGUUCCCUCAUGGUGCUUUUCGAAUUCUUCAUGAUAAUGAUCACUGGCAUAAAUUCAUUAUUUCAGGACCUGUUGCUGACAACAAGGAAAAGAUAUUAAAACGCAUUCUAGAACUUAGUGAUCCUACUUUACUUUUACCUGUCAUGUACCAAGAGGAAGGAGAUGCUGCUGUGUUUUACGCUCGGAACUGUGGAUCAGCCAUUGACAGGCUAUGCCGUAAUAAUCAUUUGAUUUUUGAAAUUGAUGGUCAAAAGUAUAUUCUGCGAAUUCUCCUUCAAUGCGCACCUGUAAACAGGUUAAAACUUAAUGCGUUAGGCAUUCUUCGAAAAGUUUUGGAAAAAAGGUUCAACUCAUCUGAUCGAUGCCUCGAUUUGUCAAACUUUGAGCAUGACCCAGAUUUGGCUUCCACUUUGUACUGUCCACUUUCUCAACCCAGUUUGUUGCAUUAUGUGCUAACCACAGCCAUAAAUAUCCCCAUAAAUUUUUAUACUCUACGUCUUUCCUACAAUGGAAUUCGGAUCCUAAAAAUUGAUGUCCUGUUUAAAGCAUCUUAUCUGCGAACAUUAGACUUAUCACACAAUGAGCUUUUGUAUCAAAAAGAUGUGAAAGACUUAAAAGAAUUGGGUCAAGUCACCAGGCUUAUAUUGGAUGGAAACCCUCUUUGUGCUGACUUCAGAACACCAGAAGAAUAUAUCAAUAAAAUGAAAUUAUUAAUGCCUCAGCUAAAAAGUCUGGACUCAGCCUCUUUAUUUCCUGGUUCAAUAUCAGUACCUAGAGUUAAAAAUUUCCUCUGUUCCAAGGAGGGGCAUCAGAUGGUUGAUCAAUUUUUAAAACAUUUCUUUGAUCGCUAUGAUUGGAAAGAUCGACGGUGUCUUGAUGGUUUAUAUCACAACAAUGCUCUCUUUUCUCUAACUUGUGUACAUUUAGCUGGGCAGAGCACCUCUGAUGGCUGCUCAUUGACAUGGUAUACAACUUACAAUCAUAAUUUGGCUAAGUUAUCUGAUUACUCAAAAGUUGAGAAGAAUAUGUACCAUGGACCUGAUGAAAUUCUUGAGUUAUUCAGCUGUCUACCCCCAACUGAGCAUGACCCUUAUUCAUUUUCAGUUGAUCUCGUGCAUUACAAUGAUAUUGCAGCUGUAAUUUCAGUAUCCGGCAUAUUUAGGGAGCAACCAUCUCUUCCACCAGAACCUGACCAAAUGAGAAGUUUUAGACGUGUUUUUGUUUUACGCUGCACUGCUCCUAAUGAAUGGCAAAUUACUAAUGAACAGCUUCAUUUAUCAAAUCCUACAACAGAGCAGGCAGAAGCCUCUUUCAAAAUUAGACGCCCUCCUGUGGAGGCUCCUGUAGCAGCAUGGUUAGUGCAAGAUGCUCAACUGCUCAGUGAUACGGAGAAAGAACAGAUGGCCUGCAUAAUGACUCAACUGACCACUCUCAACAAGGAAUGGGCUACAAGAUUUUUGAUAGAGAGUCAUUGGUAUGUGAGGGAAGCUUUGAUCUCUUUUGUGAACAAAUUUGAAGCUAAAGCACUGCCCGAGGAUGCCUUUACCAAAGACCAAUGAACUUUUUGAACUGAGCUUGAAUAAAUUUGGAUUAUUAUUAUUAUUAUUAU